CCACGCAGUCAGGAUUACGGGGCCCACUCUUCCCCUCCAGUUUCUCACGUCACCUCUCACAACAGCCUGGCAAGGUAGGACCCGCUGUACCCGUGUUGCUGACAGGGACAUGGAAACCCAGAUGUGAGCCAGUGGAGGCCGGACGUAGGACCGGGAAGGGACUGUCCUGGAAGACAUGCUGACCAAGCCAGUCUUGCUGGAUGUGAAGACUGGUGCCCGGGAUGCAGGUCCUCCCGCCCCAGCAGAGUGGGGCUGCCCCUGAUCCAGCGAGAGCCUGGAGGCCGGGCUGCACUCCCUGAGUCACAGCCAAGUGCCCUCAGGUGCCCAGGGGUCUUGCCCAGUGAGAAGGGGUGUGGACAGCAGCUUCAGCACUCCGUGUACUGUUCCGAAGUGGGCGGGGGGCAGGGUGUUCCUGCCAGGAGAACAACUAAGACUGACCCUAAGGAAGAGAGGCAUGGGGCCUCCGGCAGGCUGUGAAGGAGGAGGUGUGGCUGGAGGGUGGGGGAGCCCAGGGAGGUCCAAGGGGCCAGAGGGAGGAGAGCAGUGCAACAGAAAGAGCCGGGCCGCACGAUCGAGCUGCUCUCCGGGGCAGAGACUGCCCCUCGCCAUCUCUGGACCUCAUUUCCCUUGCUGGUGGGUUCCUCGGUGCCAUGUGGUCCACCCAUGCCCUCAGAGGAAAGACCCCAGCAUCUCAGGAACCUGCCUAGGGCCCUCCAGCCAGUGAGACCAGGACUUCGGAGCCCCAGCCUCCCUGCUCCCAGACCAGAGUGGGUGGCGCAGGCCGGAAAGAGCACUGGGGGUGGGGCCUGCCCUGGGAAACCUGGGGUCCCCGUGCCUGCGCCAGGGCUGGGUCCCACAGUGUCCCACGCCGCCUGACAAGAGCCAGUCUCCGGAGCGGCCGGACGCGGUGCGGAGCGGCGGGAAGGGGCAGAGGGCACCCUUGAGCGGGGCACGUGUCCUUUGAGUGGGCUGCGCAUGAAACCAGUCCAAAGAGCUGGCAGCCACUUGUCCCGAGCCUCCAGAGCAGGGAGCUGGGCAGGUGGGGUGUGGGACAGGACAGAGGCAUUGGGAGCCAGGGCUCUGUGGGGCUGGCCAAGGGGCCUGGCACGAAGCUAUGCCCGCCAGAGCCCCAGCUUCCAGAAUGAGUUCUGGAAGGCAUGGUCUGGAGCCCUGGGGCAGGACGGGCAGCCCGUGGGCAAUGGCAGGUGACGGAGAAGGAUGUGCCUCCUCCACGCCCCCACCCCCAUACCCACAGCCCGGAGGUGGGGAGGGACCUUGUGGCCAGGGCAGCGCCCCCUGCCCCCAAGCAGGGGCAGACUUUCCAGAUAGGGUUCCCAGCCUUGGCACUGAGACCUGAACUCCGGCUGUUCCCCACCCCAACUCUCUUCUCCCUGUGUUCACGUCUCAGUGUGGACUUGUGCCGUUUUACAAACAAGGAGUGCCCCUUCCAGCCAGAAAAGUUUGCCCCUGUCCUCUUGGCCCCAGAACUCCUUGGUGUCCACAAGAGCCCCAGGCCUGGGGCCUCCACAGAGGCGAAGCACUGUGUCACAGCAACCCCCCGCCCCAUCGCCCAGAGGUGCCCAGGGCCUUUGGAGGUGGUGGUGAGCGACUUGGGGGCUGGGAGAGGGCAACGUGUGAAGGCUGCAGCCCAGAAAGGCCCAUGUUCCCAGGACUGCCCCACACUCCAGAGCAGCCAAGCAGUGCCAGAGGGUCCCUCGCUCUCAGGGAAGGAGUGUCCCAUGGCUGCGCCUGUCUCCCCUUGUGGCUCUUGGGGAGCAUCAGCCCCGUGGGCCCCCCAGGAGGGCAAGGAGCAGGUGGCAUUCUACAGGCAGCUGAGCAAGGCCUGGGCUAGGUUGGAAAGGAGGGGGAGAUGAGCCCCCAUCCCCCUUUGCCCCCAGACUCCCCUGGCUGCAGCCUGGAGGCGCUCUCCCAGCCACUGCAGGAGGAGGAGCCGUCCGGCCUGGAUCUCCAAGAUGUGGAGGAGGUCCAGAUCGCCAGAGACACCUGCAGGCCAGACUCGGAGGCAGAGCCGGAGCAGGCCCCGUCAUCCCCCCACCCCCACCACCCUGAAGCCCGGGCGGACCAGGCCGGGGGGGCACUGAGGACCUUUUCCCGUAGACCCCGGUGUGGGGGCCGCUUUGGGCAGGAGUCCAGCUUGGAGCGGCCCGUGGGCCAGCCGUUGGGGACCGCGCCUUGCUCCCAGAAGAGGGGCCCGUGGCGCGUGACGCUGCUGUCGCAGGGAGCCCCUGGGGCGGUGGGGGAGCCCGAGCGGCCCGGUGAGCUUGAGGGCGGCCGGGGGUCGGGGCCCGGGGUCCGGCAGGGCGGCCCGCGGGGCGGGAAGCCUCACCGCUGCGAGGCCUGCGGCAAGAGCUUCAAGUACCGGUCGCUGCUGCUCAAGCACCAGCGCAUCCACACGGGCGAGAAGCCGUACGCGUGCCACGAGUGCGGGAAGCGCUUCCGCGGCUGGUCAGGCUUCAUCCAGCACCACCGCAUCCACACGGGCGAGAAGCCGUAUGAGUGCGGCCAGUGCGGCCGCGCCUUCAGCCACAGCUCGCAUUUCACGCAGCACCUGCGGAUCCACAACGGCGAGAAGCCCUACAAGUGCGGCGAGUGCGGCCAGGCCUUCAGCCAGAGCUCCAACCUGGUGCGGCACCAGCGGCUGCACACGGGCGAGAAGCCGUACGCCUGCAGCCAGUGCGGCAAGGCCUUCAUCUGGAGCUCGGUGCUCAUCGAGCACCAGCGCAUCCACACCGGCGAGAAGCCCUACGAGUGCGCCGAGUGCGGGAAGGCCUUCCGGGGCCGCUCCCACUUCUUCCGCCACCUGCGGACCCACACGGGCGAGAAGCCCUUCGCCUGCGGCGCCUGCGGCAAGGCCUUCGGCCAGAGCUCCCAGCUCAUCCAGCACCAGAGGGUGCACUACCGGGAGUAGCGGGCCGGCGGCCGCGGCAGGAGGGGCCGGGUGGGGGGAGGUUGUGGAGAGAGGGCUCCCGCUCCCCCCUCGCGCCGCGCCGCUAUCCCCACACGCCCAGCGGCCCAAAUAAAUUCUUUUUAACUGAU